GCGAACGGGCCGAGCACUGGAGUCAGAGAAGGAUCACACCCGCUCCGUUUCUCUGCUGGAACAAAAACGCAAGGUGGUCUCUUCCAGCAUCGACGUACCACAAGCCAGGAGAAGAGGAGGAGGUGGACAUGGACAAAGUGACAGCUGCCAUGGUGUUGACCAGCCUGUCCACUAGUCCUCUGGUGCGGAGCCCUCCUGUAAAAGUUAGUGAGGGUCUAAAUGGAUCUUGGAAGGACGGAGGCUUUACUCCAUCCAGCUACAGCAGCAGUGGAUAUUGGAGUUGGAGUGCACCCAGUGACCAGUCCAACCCGUCCACGCCAUCCCCACCCCUGUCUGCUGACAGCUUCAAACCCUUUCGGAUGCCCAGCCUCAGCGGCCCACCAGACGACAACAUCGAUGAGCAUGAUGGGAACAGCUUGCUGUUCGACGAACCCAUCCCCCGCAAACGCAAGAACUCCAUGAAAGUGAUGUUCAAGUGUCUGUGGAAGAACUGUGGGAAGGUCUUGAGCACAGCCGCCGGGAUCCAGAGGCACAUUCGAAUCGUCCAUCUGGGGAGAAACUGUGACUCAGAGUGCAGUGAUGGAGAGGAGGAUUUCUACUACACUGAGAUUAAGCUGAACACAGACUCUGUGGCGGACGGUUUGAGCAGUCUGUCUCCUGUGUCCCCGUCUGUGCUGUCCCCCCCGCCAGGUUUGGACCAGAGACAGCCGGAUGGCACUAACGGAGCAAAGAGCGAGAACAGCACCACCACCCCUCUUAGCCGCUCUGCUCCAAGCGCACUCUACCUAGUUCACACAGACCACGCCUACCAGGCCACAGCCCCUGUCACCAUCCCCUCCACCAGCUCCACUGGCUUCACCCCCUCCAGCAGCAGUUUCAGUAUCUCCUGGCAGUCCCCACCCGUCAGUUUUACUGGCACCUCUGCCUCUCCCACUCACAACCAGAUGCAGGGCUUUGGGGAACAGCGCUCUCAAACCAUUGCAGUGCUCUCGUCUCCCCCCAGAGCUGCAGGUUCAUUCAGUAGGAAGUCACGAGGCGAGGGAAAGAAGUGUCGUAAGGUGUAUGGCAUGGAAAACAGAGACAUGUGGUGCACGGCCUGCCGCUGGAAGAAAGCCUGCCAGAGAUUUGUUGACUGAAACAGCUGUGACGACUUGAACACAACAACAGGGUGGGCUUCCUUUGCAUGCAUAGCAUAAUGAAAUACAUCCCCUCUUUGUUACUGACCACAGCCCCACCCUGCUUCACCUUAAACCCACAUAGACUUUGAGGGUUAAACCCUUAUGCAUUUCUUCCUAAACCAACGGAUGCACUCCCAAUCUUUGCAGAUUCCAUCUCUCCCUUUGAGGAGAGUUGCUUUACACUGCAAAAAAAAAAAAGACUCUUUUUGUUUGUGUUCAGUAUACUGCUUAAAAACAUUUUGUCAGUUUCUAAAGGACCAGCCAGGGCAAGACCAGCCUCUGUCCUUGCUCUUUUUAAAAGAGAAGAAAGCUCUCUUUCAGACUUUGUAAAUGCUAUAAAACACAACUGGAGAAAGUGUUUCUUUUUCCAUGGGCACUUUUUUGCAUUUCUCCUGCCCAUUUUAUUAAAGGUUAAGGGUUGGACAGCCAGAAAACCCUGUCUUCUAAAGAAUGUACCACCACAGGGGUUUGUUUUAAGAUGUUGACUGGACAGCUCCCCUGAAUGGAAAUCCGUCAAUGCAAAAAAAAGUAUGGGAAGAGAAGGACUUUCAGCUCCCCCUUUCAGCCAUGCUGACACAAGCAAUUGCACCUACAUGGGAUGGAUUUUAUAUCUCUGGAUUUAUAUUUGCGUUUACCAAUAGGACAUUUCUUUCAGGGAUGCGAUCAGUAAAAGCAAAACCAGCAGUUAGAUUAAAAAGCAAAGAACUUGGUGCUUUUUGUCACAGGAAUAUCUUCUUGCUACCAAAAAGGUUUUUUUUUUUACAUGCCAUUUUCCUUUCUUUUUUUUUUUUGCUUUGUGUGUAACUGACUUCAACAGAACGAAAUACAAACACUGCGAUCAUUAAAACCCAAUGGUACAGGCUCGCAUCAAAGUUAGCGAUCGCAAAAACAGUCAUACAGGCAACGCAACCUCUCCUUCGCUUCGGACUCCAUCAGCGAGAAUGAACUGCAUUCAUAUUAGAGCCAUAUAUGAACCUGCUGUGUUUUCACACCACAGUCUGUUGCCUAGAGGUUUGACCAACAAACCCAAGUAAAGAAAACUCUGCAAAGUGGUUAAUUUUACCUCUGAAAAGUGAAGAGCUCUUUACCUCUCACCUUUUUCCUGACCUCACAGGUUCAAGUAGGAAGUCAUAAAAAUAGCAAAUGCCACAUCUACUCCAGCACAGGAGCUUGAAGCACUCAGAUGUGGUUUUGUUAUUCUUCAAUAGUUGGUACAGUAUUGUGUAACACGGCAGAACAUUAGUCACAGGAGGAUGGAUGUCCUUUCACGAUGGGCUUCUUUGCAAAGGAUGAACAGGAUGGAAUGAAAAUUAAGUCCUGCAACGUUGACACUUAAGGAAUACGGCAACUUGGUUGGCAAUUGUUAUCUGGCACUCUUUUGGUGGCUCUGAUAGUUUAAUAUGAUAUUGUCUACAUAACAUCAAUACAAGCUAAUUAACUCAUCAUAUACAUCCAAACAGUGCUUAUUGUGAUCAGCUCAUUGGCUGUAUCUGUUAUGUUCAUCACAUGGUUCUCCUUUCACUUAAUAUCAAUAUAUAUAUAUAUAUAUAUAAGUAUUGAAUCCCUAAAAAAAAUGUUUCAUGACCAGAAUAACACUUGGUUAUAUUGGUAGAAUGAAGUAACUGCACUCACACAAAUCCGAUUUCAAUUAUUAGAUCCAUUUGUUUGCACAGUGUAGUCAAUAUCCUGUGUUAUCUACAUGGGUUAUUUAGGAAUGUUAUAACCAUCAUCCUGACAAGAGAGGAAAAUAGACUCACAAACAUCUAAAAGUGCAGUAGACUACUUGGAACCUAAUUUGACCAUUUACGCUAAGAUGCAUUACAGAAAUAUGAUUUAAUCUAUUUCACACCUGA